CGUGCCAGGUUUUUUUUUUUCGGGGAAAAAAGUUUAGUCUUUUUGUGGCGGCGGCGGCGAUGGAGACGGCGGCGGCGGCGAUGCUGGAGGCGGGGGUGGGGCGGUUCUCGCGGGCGCCGGCCAUGGCGGCGGCGCUGCUGGCGGAGAUGUGGGCGCCGCUCGCUGUCGCGCUGGCGGCGCUGGCGACGCUGCCCAGCCUUCUGCGGCGGCUGCAGGUGAUCGUGCUCCGCCUCCGCUCGCGCGGGAAGGAGGUCAUUCAGUCGCACAUCUCCACCUACUACUCGUCCGGCGACGACGAGUCCGACACCGGAAGCGAGGACGAGGAGGAUGACGACGAGAGAUCCGAUGAGGCGGCCACCAGCUCCUCCGGAGAGGAGGAGGGGGUAAAAAGAAUCCGGUUCUACGAGGGAGCGGAUGGUGUCUUCCCGUGGGGCGGCGCCGUUGUCCGGACCUGGCAGGGGCGGCCCCGGUGCUUCUCCGACUGCAUCUCCGGUGGCGCCGGCCGAGCGGGAGCUAGAUUCUCCGGCAACGGAGGUGUCCCAGCGAUGAGGCUGUGGGGGGCCAGCACGGCGAGCGGCGAGCCAUGGUGGGGUAGCGCCGAUGAAGGCGGCUGCCGUACUGGCGCGGCCGCGGAGGCGUCAGCGUCUACGGCGGCUGAGGAGGUGGUCGUCGGGUGGCAGCGAGUCCACACGGCGGCGCAUCGGCGUCGUGCUGCUCUCCCCGCUCUGCCCUCGCCCACCAAUUGAACGGGAUGGUGGGUGUGAGAUAUGAAUAUGCCAUGGCGGCAAGCUGGUGGAGAUGCUGAUUCCCGUUCGGGCCCACCUGCCAGUUAGCAAGAUAAGGUGAGGAGCUGGGGGUGAUUAUUAUUGUGGUGGGUAGGGCGCCGGAUUAGUUGGUGGGAUUAUUUUAAAUUUGGAUUUGGAAAAUAAAAGGAAAGAAAAGAAAUUGGAGGAUGUGCGGUGGGUUGCACUGCGUGUUGUAAUUUGCACCGCCAAUUCUUUGAUGAUUCAUGUGGUGAUCGACGACAAUAAUAAGGCCUCUUUGGAACUAA